AAAAAUCAUAUAAGAAGCAAUCCACCCAACCACCACAGAUGCCUCAAAUGUAAGCCGGCCUUCCUCUUUCUUCCCUCCUUUUUACUCUCACAUACUAUCAUACCCAUCACCGCCACAAGAUCCGAGAUCUCAUUCAUUUAUAAUAUACUCCCCCUCCCCUCACACCCUCAAAUUGCAAACGAAAUGGCCAUUCUACCGCCCCCUUACACCCCCCGAAAAUCCUCCCCGAGUCCAAAGCGCUCACCUGAUGGAAGCAGAACCCGCAGUCUCUCGGUCCGCUCCUCCAAAUCUCGCUCGGACACCCCCGCCCCAUCCAAGAGGCACCGCUUCACAUUCGCAAGCUUACGCGGCAACUACCAACCCGAGCUGUCGAAACGUCUCUUCCGCCUGAUCAAGAGCGAGAACUACGUGAUCAACGCUUACGAAUCAGCUGGGCAUGAGCGUCAAUCGGUAGCCACCCAAUUGUCUGAAUGGGGGGAGCAAACCGGCGACGAUGCGGUGUCGGAAUUGAGCGAUAAGCUCGGUGUGAUACUCACAGAGAUUGGCGCCCAGGAGGAUAUUUUUGCCCAAAACUUGGAAGACUACCGGAGCAUCCUCAAGCAGAUCCGCAACACCGAGAGCGGUGUGCAGCCGAGUCGGGAUCACAAGACGAAGGUCCAAGACGAGAUUGCUCGACUAAAAUAUAAAGAACCCACAAGUUCGAAGUUGGUCGCCCUAGAGCAAGAGCUCGUCCGUGCGGAGGCCGAGAAUCUUGUCGCCGAAGCACAACUCACCAACGUCACUCGAGCAAAGCUAAAGGAAGCCUACGCCCAACACUUCGCAGCAGUAGUAGAACGCGCAGAAAAGCAAGCAAUCCUAGCUAAGCACGGCCGACGGAUGCUAAAUCUACUGAACGACACCCCCGUUGUCCCGGGAGACACCCACGAACCCUUCAACGAGGAAAGGCAAGCUAGACAGAUCCUCUAUGACGCGGAGGAGGACCUACGGAUCUGGACGCUAAACCUCGAAGAAGUCCCCACACAGGCACACCCCGUCGUUGGCGGCGUCCUUGACGGUAAAGCUGCUGCUACCACAUCACUUGCCCCGCGGACAGCGGAGUUGGGAAACCACCCCGCUCAACUAGGCAUUCACCCUGCGCACCGGAAAGUUAGCGGCGCAUCGAACCAUUCAAGCGCUGGUAGCAGCAGCAGCAGUUCUACAGCUACAGACCCGCCAUACCCGAUUAGUCAGGAGGAGAGAAGGAGGAGAGAGGACAUGAUUGUUGCUUGCUAAAAUACAUCGGGAGCACUAACUAACUUGUCCACCACCAUUGUAUUGUAUUACUCACGCCCCCUUUUGAAGAAGAUUUCCCUUCUUUUAUUUUAUUUUUCUUUUGUUUG